AUUACAUAUUUUAUAUACCAGUUGUUAUAUUUAAUUGUUUAAAUGGCUAAAUUUAUAGCCGGUUGUAUAUUCUGCAAAAUAUUACAGGGUAAUGCACCAGCUGAAACAAUUUACGAGGAUGAUGAUUUGAUGUGCAUCAAAGACAUUCAUCCAGCAUCAGAUCAUCAUUAUUUAAUUAUUCCAAAAAAUCAUAUAUCAAAUGCUAAAGAAUUGAAGCCUGAUGAUGAGCCACUUUUUGAUAAAAUUGUUGACACUGUCGAGGUAGUUACUGCACAACAAGGACUUAAUUUAUCAUCAGUAAGAACUGGUUUUCAUUGGCCACCAUUUAACACAAUAAAUCAUCUACAUCUUCAUGUUAUUGGUCCAAUUGAAAAUAUGGAUUUUAUCAAACGACAAAUAUUUCGAGAAAAUUCAUUUUGGUUUGUCAGUACUGAUUAUGUCAAGGAACGACUUAAAACACUAUCAAGAUAAUUAACGUUUUUUUUUUUUAAUUAAAAUUAUAAUUUUUUUAUUUAUAAUUCGUUGCAGUGAAUUACUAGAAUU